UAGUACACCUCUGCGGAAGGUGCUCCAGAGUCAACGGUAGUGUCUGCGAUCGCUAUCUUCGCUUAACCAUCAACCUGUGAACACCGGACAGCGGUGAUCUCCAGUGAUCUGCUGGGAUCUUCUAGAUCGUGCACAAGUCGUUGGUGAAGUGACGUUAAUUGUGAGUUAUCUUUCCCAGAAUUUCUAAAGACCAGUGUGUACUUGGGUGUACCUACCUCAGGUGUCUGCUCAAAGUGCAAGGUGCAAGUGAAUCGCAGUGUGAGAAACUUUGCAAACCUAGCGAACAGUUCCAUUCCAGGGAGAGAGAGAGUGCAGAAGUAGGUUCCAGCGUCAGCUCCACGAGUCAGCAGACUUACCAGCUAUACACCAAGAUGAGUAUGAGCUCGUACACCGAAAGUAGCUCGGAGGAGGACGAUCUGUCACCGCGCGACAAGGUACAGCAGAACUCGAAGGGCUACGCCGACUUCUGCGUCCGCAACAUCAAGCAGCACGGGUUCGGGCGGCACGAGAUCGAGAUCGCGGAGCAGGAGAUGCCGGGCAUUAUGGCCCUGCGCAAGCAGGCCCUCGACGACAAGCCGCUGAAGGGUGCGAACAUCGUUGGGUGUACGCACGUCAACGCCCAGACGGCGGUCCUGAUCGAGACGCUCAUCUGCCUCGGUGCGAACGUGAGAUGGGCGGCGUGCAACAUCUACUCGACGCAGAACGAAGUUGCAGCGGCCCUGGCCGAAAGUGGCGUCCCGAUCUUCGCCUGGCGCGGCGAAAUCGAGGAAGACUUCUGGUGGUGCAUUGACAAGUGUGUGCACGCCGAAAACUGGCAGCCCAACAUGAUCCUGGAUGACGGUGGUGACGCGACGCACCUGAUGCUGAAGAAGUACCCGGUGAUGUUCAAGAUGAUCAAGGGCAUCGUGGACGAGAGUGUAACCGGUGUGCACCGUCUGUACCAGCUGUCGAAGACGAAUAAGCUUACCGUGCCGGCGAUGAACGUGAAGGACGCGAUCACGAAGACCAAGUUUGACAGCUUGUACAGCUGCAAGGAGUCCGUCAUUGACAGCUUAAAGCGAGCGACGGACAUUAUGAUCGGUGGCAAGCAGAUUGUGCUGUGCGGGUACGGUGAGGUCGGCAAGGGAUGUGCUCAGGCACUGAAGGGACUCGGCUGCAUCGUGUACGUCACGGAGAUCGAUCCUAUCUGCGCGCUGCAAGCGUGCAUGGAUGGAUUCCGCGUGGUGAAACUGAACGAGGUGAUCCGUACCGUGGACGUGGUGAUCACGUGCACCGGCAACAAGAACGUGGUCACGCGCGAGCACAUGGACAAGAUGAAGAACGGGUGUAUCGUGUGCAACAUGGGCCACUCGAACACCGAGAUCGAUGUGAACAGCCUGCGCACGUCCGAGCUGCAGUGGGAGAAGAUGCGCUCGCAGGUUGACCACAUCAUCUGGCCGGGACCGGAUGGCAAGCGCAUCAUUCUACUGGCCGAGGGUAGACUGGUGAAUCUGUCCUGCUCGAGCAUCUCGUCGUUUGUGGCGUCGAUUUCGGCCACCACGCAAGCGCUUGCCCUUAUCGAGCUGUUCAACGCCCCGCUCGGGCGCUACAAGGCGGAUGUCUAUCUGCUGCCGAAGAAGAUGGAUGAAUACGUCGCUAGUCUGCACCUUCAGACGCUGGAUGCGCAUCUGACGGAAUUGACCGACGAGCAGGCACGGUACAUGGGCCUCAAUAAGGCGGGCCCGUUCAAGCCGAACUACUACAGGUAUUAGUAUAGCAAGCGCGCUUCUCUUCGGCAUGCGGCCGCACUGCGACCAGUGCUGCAACGCCCCGUCUCGAUCCUACUUUUCCGCCAACGCUUGCACCGUGGUGAGCAGGACCUGCUUCCGGUAGUGCGCACAGGACGCGUUUCGAGAUAGCAGCAGUUGCAGGCAACAUCGCGCGUUAUGCUAAAACCGAUGUACUAUAUCUUACUUGACUAUAUCUUACUGUUCCGAGGGUGACGAGCAGUGAUUGUUUUACUUACGGAUGAAAGCCAGAUAACCACUCGUCCUUGCAAGCGUAUACCGAAGUGUCGGUAGUAGUAUUCUGUCAUUGUUUCUGUUCAUAUACCAGGUGCAAAUCUUACAGACAAACGGAAGCUCGUGUUAAAACUGUUAAAGAAAUUGCGAAAACCGAUUGUAGGGAAGAAAACAGCGAAUUUAUUAAAAAGAAAAAACAAAACAUCACAAACUAGAUGGGGUGGUGCGUGAGCUAUAGCGAAAAUAAUGUGACCAGAAGAGCGAACGUACUCAAACAGGAUAACAAACAAAGCGUUUGCAGAGUGGCCCAGAAGAGAGGGCAAACCUGUACGCUAUUGAUGUGCUGCAAAAGGAAGAUAAAACAACCGAGCAGACGAAACGAAUGCGAGCUUGCCGAGAGCCACAAGAUUUACUUAUUGAACCCAACCAUACCAAUAUUAUAAAAGAAGGCAAAAGAAACCAUGCUAUGGAAACGAAGCAUAUUUCCAAGAGAAGAUAUAAUACGCGCUAGCAUUUAGGGGUAGCUUAGAUCGAUUAAACGAAAUAGAAUGAAUUGAUAAAAACGUGCUAGCGUAAGCAAGUGUGCUCAACUGGAAUAUGAAGAACAAAGCGGAAGUUUGUGCGAUCGUUUCGCGAUCAUCCAGAUAGCGAUAGCGGUCGAUUUUAUGCUACGCAAGCGAUUCCAACACGUUUUGUUGGAUCCGCUAUCAAGCUUAGUAUGUCUAGUAAUCGAUAGGCCUAUUGCAAGACUGUGUCGCAAAAUCUACAGCAAACUAAGAAGCAGCAAAUUGUUGAACAGAAAAGAAUGGCAGCAUCUGGCCACCGAAACAAAAAAAAAAGGAUAUACCUUCGAUAAAUAUGUAUAGAAUGUAACGAAUGUUUCAUCCGCUGCUUCCACGUUGUUAUUAAACUUACCGACGUUGGUGAACUACAGAUGCUAGCCGUUAACUAACUAAUUCACCACAGGUACAUUGGCGACCCAGUGUAAACGGCAGUUUGUGGGUUGUUUUGUUCUUUUCGUUCAAGUUGGGUUUCUCCACUCACUUGCCCAGUACGUUCAGUCUGUGAGUGGCCUUUCGAUAAGCGAUAUACUUUCAAAGCUCGAUAAGGUGCGGCGUUUUCCAACUGCAUUACAUUCUAUUCACGGUCAAUUAAGGAAAACUGAAGCGAACUUCUUGCACAUGAUGGAGUUUUUUCGCCGUUACUGUUGAACCCCGAUCGGUAGCGAUUGCCAGUGGCUUGGGAACGCACCGUGGGCGGGGAAAAGAUUUGUUAAAGAGCGAUGCAAAAUUUGUAAAAAAAAACGUAUCUUCGGUGUGAGAAUGAAGUUCGGAUUAGCGAAGUGAGAAGCAAAAAAUAUUAGUAAAUGUACAGGAACGACGGAAAAUAUAAGAAUUCAAAGCAGUACGCGUUUACUGUACGAAUCCAGUACAUAAAACCGCGUAGGAUGUUACAUGUUCCACGUUAAGAGCGCAAACGUUCGACGAAACAGGAAUAUGUGGAACGUUUGGAAUAGUAACAAUGUUUGUUAAAUGGGUAUACAACAAAAUGAAAACAUAAACGAUAAAGGGACAGAGCGAUAUAUAUAUAUAAAAAACAAUCUUAUUACAGCAGAAUCGGCACGCUUCCGUUUUCAAUUAUCACGGUAAUCUUUACGGUAUUAUUACUUUUACUUUAGGUACUAGUACAACAGUUCGUUUGUUGUUUUUGUUUUUGCUCCCCUAAAAUAGUACCAAUCGAAUCGGAUUAUAGCAGCUAGCGUUGUUUAGUUGGGGGAAGAACCAGAAGUUACUUUAUUAUACUGCUUUGUCGCGCUCCACGGCAACCAACGCACCAUUCCCUACUUCUAUGCUCUGUCCUUUCCGCUGAAUGCACUUGUUUAGAGUAGAAAGUAAUUCUGUCACCCAUCCAUUCCCCGGCGCGCAAUAUGGACCAUGGUUUAGGAAGCAUUUGUCUUUUAUUACUUAUUUUUUUAAUUUAGCCGAGCACAACGUGCAAACUGUUUGUUUCAGCUCCCAAAAGCACGGAACUAUGGUUAGUACACAAGAUCCUUGCGACGGUUGCGGCUCGUAACAUCGUGAGACCCUGUGUAGUAGUUCGAUAAACAUCGCCUACUAGAUCACACUCACUGUAGAGCGAACCAUCGGGAGAUGCUCCAAGGAUCAAGGAUAAAAAAGAACAAACGAAAGUUAGAAUGUAUUAUUUGCAACAGCAGGAAAAUAAAUACAAGGAAAAUUGAAACA